AUGGUUAAAAACAGACCAACACCAACACCAACACCAACACUACCACCACCACCAACACCAAGACCAACACCAACACUACCACCACCACCAACACCAACACAACCAACACCAAGAUCAACACCAACACCACCACUACCACCACCACCAACACCACCACCACCAACACCAACACCACCAACACCAAUGGAUUAUCAAUUAUUUCAACAUCACCUACAAGCACAACCUUUUUAUCAACCGCUUCUGCAAAUGCAGCCAGUGCAUCCGUGGCAACAGUGGCACUGGCUGCAGCAGCAGCAACAGCCAUGGCUGCAGCAACAUCAAUGGUUGCAACAGCCACUUCCGCUACAGAUGCUUCAACAGCCACAAGAACCGCAACAGCAACAACAGCAACAACCGCGAAAACGGCAACAGCAGCCACAACAACGGCAACAACAGCCACAACAACGGCCACAACAACGGCAACAACUUUUGAUUCGGAUCAAAUUGUAA